AUGGAUUCAACUAUAGUUGAUGUGAACCGCAAAGUAUGUGUGACAGGUGCAGCUGGUUUUCUGGCCUCAUGGUUGAUCAAACGUCUUCUUUUAUCUGGGUAUUAUGUCAUUGGGACAGUUAGAGAUCCAAAUGACGACAAAAGAGUUGGACAUUUAUUGAAGUUGGAAGGAGCAAAAGAGAGACUAAAACUAACGAGUGGUGAUCUUAUGGUGGAGGGUAGCUUCGACAAUGCAAUUAUGGGUUGUUGUGGAGUUUUUCACACUGCCUCACCUGUGCUAGGGUUACCUACUUCUGAUCCCAAGGCUGAAAUACUACAACCAGCAAUUGAUGGAACACUUAAUGUGUUGCGUUCGUGCAAAAAGAAUCCAUUUUUGAGGCGUGUGGUUCUUACCUCGUCUUCUUUGACAAUAAGGGUUAAGGAUGAUUUUGACCCUUCUAUUCCACUAGACGAGUUUUCAUGGAGCUCCGAGGAAUUGUGUGAGAGACUUCAGAUUUGGUAUGUAUUGUCCAAAACUCUAGCUGAACAGGCAGCAUGGAAAUUCUGUAAAGAAAAUAAAAUUGACCUUGUGACCAUCCUCCCUUCAUUUGUGAUUGGGCCAAGUCUGCCGCCUGUUUUGUGUUCUACUGCAUCUGAUGUACUUGGCUUACUCAAAGGAGAGACGAAAAAGUUCGAAUGGCAUGGGAGAAUGGGUUAUGUUCAUAUUGAUGAUGUUGCAGUAAGCCACAUUAUGUUGUAUGAGAAUGAAAAUGCAAAUGGACGUUAUCUCUGCAGCUCAAUUGUUCUUGACAAUGACAAACUUUCCUUAAUUCUAUCAACACGUUAUCCUACAUUGCCAAUUCCAAAAAGGUUUCAGAAACUCAACAGGCCGUAUUAUGAAUUGGAUGUCUCCAAACUAAAGGGAUUAGGAAUGAAAUUCAAAUCAAUUGAAGAGAUGUUUGACGACACUAUUGAAUCUUUAACCAAACAAGGUCACCUGCGAUUUGUUGUUGACUAG